AUGGGUCAGCCGGCAGGGAAAUACAAAAAACAUUUUCAGGAGGGCCUCGUAUUUAAGUUUACCAACGUCGUCUGCAAGAGUCACAACCAGUCGUGGUUUGUAUUUCAUUAUUGUCGUCUAAAGGCAGUUAGCCGUGAAAGGGUUGUGCUUAACAUAAAUGCAACGGCUCUCCACCCGGCAUAUGAUAUAACCUUUAAGGUCAUCAUUUUCAAAAAGGCCAAUGGCUAUAAGCCGUGGAUUCUGCAGGGAACUAUCGACGGGUGCCGGUACAUGCGCAAGCCAUACAAUCCCGUCAUAAGAAUAGUCUUCGAUCUGUUUAAGGAGUUUUCCAACAUUAAUCACACCUGCCCUUUUGUGGGUCCUCAGGUGGUCAAGGACUUUUAUUUGAGGCCGGAAGUGUUGCGGUUGCCCUUUCCUUCUGGAGAUUACAUGAUGAGUGGCCAGUGGUACUUUGACAAGAAGCCCCAAUUCGAUACUAAUGUUAGCUUCAUGUACACCGAAGACCUCCUCAAGAGAUCUUAA